AUGAGUGCACGAUUAAGUUUUCGUGACGUUCGACGUGAAAGAGUGGAGGAGAUCUGGAGAAAGAAUUUCAGAUUCAUGCAUACACGAAACGGACCGUUUUGGUGCACCCAGUGUAGUGGUCCAGUGGAGGAUAACGCCUAUAACGUUAAUGAUGGCGGACUGCCUCUAGGACGUAUUGCUAUUUCGGCCUCUGGAAGACGUGGUGCGGUGGCGGUGCACAGAAUGCCGAUCGCGCCGCGCGGCCCUCCGCCCAUCUCGACACCACCUUACCACCUGCUGCUCCGUCGGAGACCUAGCUUAACCCUCAAGUGUCCUUCAAUAAUAUAA